UGGCACUGUCUCUUGUCGACUAUGACCAAGUAUAACUAACUCAUUGCGCCCUGCGCAUCUCUUCCAUGGAGACUCGGUCAUGAACCGCUCAGAUUCAUUAUAUCAACACUGAUAUCCUCUUCGGUGACUGAACAAACCGAAACCACUACUUAUUCCCGCCAGCAACCCGACCGUGAAUCACUGGAGCACAAUGUCGACCACAACCACCGCCACCACUACCACUGCUGUGGAGACAGCCCCGAUCACCUUGACGUUGGCGUAUGACAAGGAGAUCCACCAACAAUACAAGUACGCGGACUACCUGCCAGUCUACGACGAGAAAACCCACUUUGGUCCCCUGCAGCCGUUUGACUUUGUGGACCGCGGCCUCGUGGCGAACAAGCAGAAGCCGAACCUGCUCCCCAAGGACAACCCAAGCGUCAAAGCCUCGAAGUUGACCCCGGUCAUUGGCACCGAGAUCCGCGGCCUGCAGCUGUCGGCGCUGAACGAUCUGCAGAAGGAUGAACUCGCGCUCCUCAUUGCAGAGAGGGGCGUUGUCGUGUUCAGGGACCAGGAUUUCAAGGACAUCGGCGUCGAGAAGCAGAAGGCAUUCGGGCGGUAUUUCGGCCCCCUUCAUAUCCACCCCGUCGGAGCGCACGUCAAGGACCACCUCGAGCUCCACAACAUCUACCUCGGCCCGGACAACGAAUAUCGUUCCCGGAGCAGGGGCAACAAGCUCACGACCACCGGCUACCACUCGGAUGUGUCAUAUGAGCACCAGACCCCCGGCAUCACAAUCCUGACCCUCCUCUCCGUGCCCCCCACCGGCGGAGACACCGGCUGGGCCUCCCAGACCGCCGCCUACGCGCGGCUGUCCCAGCCCAUCAAGACGCUCCUCGAGGGCCUCCGGGCCGAGCAUAGCGGCUUCCCGCAGGCCGAGAACGGAAAACGGGACGGCAAGUUUGUGCGCCGGGACCCGAUCAAGUCCGAGCACCCCAUCGUCCGCAUCCACCCGGCGACUGGCCAGAAGGCGCUCUUCGUCAAUCCCGGGUUCACGAAGCGGAUCAUCGGGCUGAGGGAAGAGGAAUCUUCCGCGCUACUCAAGCUGCUUUUCAAGCAUAUUUCCCUGGGACAGGAUUUCCAGGUUCGUGUCAAGUGGGAGGAGGGCACCGUUGCUCUGUGGGACAACAGGGUCACGGCUCACACGGCCAUUUCCGACUACAACGUCCAUAACCCGCAAGAGGGACUGCGACACGGAUUCAGGAUCACCACCUUGGCUGACAAGCCUACGGGUGUGAAUGGGCUUGAGUCGACGUGGUAAGGGGCUUAUGAAGCUGAAUCUCAGUGGGGAUGCCAUUGGCUCUUUCGAUGGCCAACUUAUGAUACAAGAGGCAAAGCACUUUUUGACUUCCAUCUCAGGUUCACUCAGAACCUUGUCACAAUCAUGUUUUAGUUCUUGAUCACAAUCUUGGAGAAUCAGUAGUGUUGUUGAAAUCCCAAUGGCCCAGAUCAUAUCGCCCAAGUUAUUAGC